GGUUCGCCAUAUUGCUGCAACCGCGCGCUGCGAUGAGCAAGUGGUAAGAAAGAUAAGCCCAACCUGUUCGGAAUACCUGCCGAAGGCGAAAGACACGUUCAGAAUCGAUUUAAUUGUCCACUGAGGCACACUCUUGUCUGGCGAAAACUCAUCACGAUAAGGUGCACAUAGAAGCGGAAGUGCCUCAACAUCGAACUUUCAUCGAGAACAUUGAUUUAGUAUCGACAGCAGCAACCACAUCUGGACAAAAUGGUGUCCGCCGAAACGAUUGGAUCGAUAUUCAUCAAAGUGUUCAAAUUGGCACUGAACCUGGUGGUUCUCAUCAUCUACCGAACGGGCUACGGGGGUGAUUUCCUCGGCGUGGGUGGCACCUGGAACCUGAACGAGGAGAAAAGUCCCGACGCGGAAAUUGUGGCCUCCGGAGUGUUUGUCGGCUACUUCAUCUACACCUCGGUGCAGCUGAUUACGUUCUGCUUCGGCACGACCAAGCUGAAGCGGGAGCUUUCGGACACUAUAAUGAAUGUGGUCGGUACGUUCAUGUGGGUUGCCGUCGGAGGCACGGCCCUCCACUAUUGGCACGGUUAUCUGGCGGAACAUGACUUCCAGCACAUCACCUCGGAGAGAACGGCUGGACUUGCCCUGGGAUCGCUUUGCGUUGUGACCGGUGCCCUGUACCUGGCCGAUUCGGUGCUGGCCUUCAUCCACUACGCCAAGCACGAGAACAGCAAGUACUAAUUGAACGCGAACGGCGGCCCGAAGAAAAGUACCGAUCCAGGUGUGGUAGGUUGUAAGCUUGAAUUAUUGCAGCGGGUGCUAUCAAGAUUUUGCCCAAAAAUGUGCAGCAAUGCUUCCGUGUACUAGUUAAUAAUGUAAGUAAGUAAGGUCUAAACGAAGAGGAAAAACUGUCAUAAUUUAGGUACCGUAAGCGUGGUUUUAAGAUAAAAAGAGCAGAGGUGAAACUUUUACCUACUUAAUGCUUAUUGCUUGGUGGGAGGCACAUUUGCCAAGAUAAAUGGCAAGUAACGACAUUUUCUGUUAGUAUUCUACAAAUAUACAUAACAAUACAAAUGUAAGCGUUAAGUAAGAAGCCGUGAAAGUGCAACGUACCGAAUUCCUUAACGAGAAAAGAAAUAGAACCGGACAAUUCGAUGUAAAAUAUAAAUACCACAUUUAAGAAAGUUGUAUCCAAGAAAAGAUUAGAAUUUCAUUACCAAUAAACCGCAUUUCUUAUGGAAAA